AUGGGAGACAUGACAAAUAGCGAUUUUUAUUCCAAGAACCAAAGAAAUGAGGCCAACCAUGCAGGAGAGUUUGGGUGCACGCUGCAGGAACUGCGCUCCCUCAUGGAACUCCGAGGAACAGAAGCAGUAGUAAAAAUUAAAGAGACGUAUGGGGAAACAGAGGGGCUCUGCAGACACCUGAAGACAUCACCAACAGAAGGAUUAGCUGGCACUGCUGCAGACCUAGAAAAAAGAAAGCUUAUUUUUGGAAAAAAUUUUAUACCUCCAAAGAAGCCAAAAACAUUCAUACAGCUAGUCUGGGAAGCGUUGCAGGACGUGACUCUUAUAAUCUUGGAAAUUGCAGCCAUCAUAUCUUUGGGGCUUUCAUUUUACCAGCCACCUGGAGAAGGGAAUGAAGGAUGUGGUACUGCAGCAGGAGGAGCUGAAGAUGAGGGUGAGGCUGAAGCUGGCUGGAUUGAAGGUGCUGCCAUCCUACUCUCUGUUAUCUGUGUUGUCCUUGUCACUGCCUUCAAUGACUGGAGCAAGGAGAAGCAGUUUCGAGGGCUUCAAAGUCGUAUUGAGCAGGAACAGAAAUUUACUGUUGUCCGAGGUGGACAAGUUAUCCAAAUCCCAGUGGCAGAGAUAGUAGUUGGUGACAUUGCACAGGUGAAAUAUGGUGAUCUUCUACCUGCCGAUGGGAUAUUUAUUCAAGGAAAUGAUCUUAAAAUCGAUGAAAGCUCUUUAACUGGAGAGUCUGACCAAGUCCGCAAAUCUGUUGACAAGGACCCAAUGCUGCUGUCAGGUACUCAUGUCAUGGAAGGCUCUGGCCGAAUGCUUGUGACUGCUGUGGGUGUGAAUUCUCAGACAGGGAUCAUCUUUACUCUGCUGGGUGCUGGAGGAGAAGAAGAAGAAAAGAAGGAUAAGAAAGGUGUGAAACAGGAGGAUGGACAUCAGCUUCCAGCUACAGAUGGUGCAGCAGGUGCAAAUGCCACUGAUAAUGCAAAUGCCAGCUUAGUCAAUGGCAAAAUGCAGGAUGGGAAUAUGGAGAACAGCCAGAACAAAGCCAAGCAGCAGGAUGGGGCUGCUGCCAUGGAGAUGCAGCCACUGAAGAGUGCAGAAGGGGGAGAGGGAGAUGACAAAGACAAGAAGAAAUCCAACAUGCACAAGAAAGAAAAAUCUGUUCUUCAGGGAAAGCUGACCAAGCUGGCAGUCCAGAUAGGCAAAGCAGGUUUGGUGAUGUCUGCUAUCACUGUCAUCAUUUUGGUACUCUAUUUUGCCAUUGACACCUUUGUGGUCAACAAGAAGCAGUGGUUGCCUGAGUGCACUCCUGUCUAUGUUCAGUAUUUUGUGAAAUUCUUCAUUAUUGGUGUUACUGUACUUGUGGUUGCUGUUCCUGAGGGGCUUCCACUCGCUGUCACUAUUUCUCUGGCUUACUCUGUAAAGAAAAUGAUGAGGGACAACAACCUGGUCCGCCACUUAGAUGCUUGUGAAACCAUGGGUAAUGCCACAGCCAUCUGCUCAGACAAGACAGGGACUCUGACCACCAACAGGAUGACUGUUGUCCAAGCCUACGUUGGGGAUGUCCAUUACAAAGAGAUCCCUGACCCAGAUUCUGUACCUGCCAAAACCCUUGAGCUGCUGGUUAAUGCAAUUGCUAUCAACAGUGCUUACACUACAAAAAUCCUGCCACCAGAGAAAGAGGGUGGGCUGCCUCGCCAGGUGGGCAACAAGACAGAGUGUGCUCUUGGGUUUGUCCUGGACCUGAAGCAGGAUUAUGAGCCUGUUCGGAGCCUCAUCCCUGAGGAGAAACUUUACAAAGUUUAUACAUUCAACUCUGUCAGGAAGUCCAUGAGCACUGUCAUUAAAAUGCCAGUGGGAGUUUCCGGCAUGUACAGCAAAGGAGCUUCUGAAAUUGUGCUGAAGAAAUGUUCCAGGAUCCUUAAUGCUGCUGGUGAACCUCGUGUCUUCAGACCACGCGACCGAGAUGAAAUGGUGAAGAAAGUGAUUGAGCCCAUGGCCUGUGAUGGGCUGAGAACCAUCUGUGUUGCUUCGGACUUCAGCAGCAGCCCCGAGCCCGACUGGGACAAUGAGAACGACAUCUUAUCCGACCUGACCUGCAUCUGUGUGGUGGGCAUUGAAGACCCAGUAAGGCCAGAGGUCCCAGAAGCCAUAAGAAAGUGCCAGCGAGCUGGAAUCACAGUCCGCAUGGUCACUGGAGACAACAUCAACACAGCACGUGCCAUUGCCAUCAAGUGUGGGAUCAUCCAUCCAGGAGAAGACUUCCUCUGCCUUGAAGGGAAAGAGUUCAACAGAAGGAUCCGAAAUGAGAAGGGAGAGAUUGAGCAAGAGAGGAUUGACAAAAUCUGGCCCAAGCUUCGAGUGCUUGCUCGCUCAUCUCCCACAGACAAGCACACUCUGGUAAAAGGUAUUAUUGACAGCACGCAGGUGGAGCAGAGGCAGGUUGUAGCUGUGACUGGGGAUGGAACCAAUGAUGGACCAGCACUUAAAAAAGCUGAUGUUGGCUUUGCAAUGGGUAUUGCUGGAACAGACGUUGCAAAGGAAGCCUCAGACAUCAUCCUAACAGAUGACAAUUUCAGCAGCAUUGUCAAGGCUGUAAUGUGGGGCCGUAAUGUCUAUGACAGCAUCUCCAAGUUCCUGCAGUUCCAGCUCACUGUCAACAUCGUGGCUGUGAUUGUGGCUUUCACUGGAGCGUGCAUUACCCAGGACUCUCCUCUAAAAGCUGUGCAGAUGUUGUGGGUCAAUCUCAUUAUGGACACCUUUGCCUCCCUGGCUUUGGCCACUGAGCCCCCAACAGAGGCUCUGUUGCUAAGGAAGCCCUAUGGCAGGAACAAACCUCUCAUAUCCCGGACCAUGAUGAAGAACAUCCUGGGCCAUGCUGUUUACCAGCUUACUCUUAUAUUCACACUUCUUUUUGUUGGUGAAAAGAUGUUUAAGAUUGACAGUGGGAGGAAUGCUCCACUUCACUCUCCUCCUUCAGAGCAUUACACCAUUAUCUUCAACACCUUUGUCAUGAUGCAGCUUUUCAAUGAAAUCAACGCACGGAAAAUCCACGGUGAAAGAAAUGUCUUUGAUGGCAUCUUCAGAAAUCCCAUUUUUUGCACUAUUGUACUGGGUACAUUUGCUAUUCAGAUAGUGAUUGUCCAGUUUGGAGGAAAACCUUUUAGCUGUUCUCCCCUGCAGCUUGACCAGUGGAUGUGGUGUGUAUUUAUUGGAUUAGGAGAACUUGUAUGGGGUCAGGUCAUUGCAACCAUCCCAACAAGUAGGCUAAAGUUUUUAAAGGAGGCAGGGAGGCUCACUGAGAAAGAGGAGGCCCCUGAAGAAGAGCUCAAUGAAGAUGUUGAAGAAAUUGAUCAUGCAGAGAGAGAACUUCGACGUGGACAAAUUCUCUGGUUCAGAGGGCUCAACCGAAUCCAGACCCAGAUCCGCGUCGUGAAGGCAUUCCGUAGCUCUCUCUAUGAAGGUUUAGAAAAACCAGAAUCUAGAACCUCUAUUCACAACUUUAUGACUCAUCCUGAAUUUAGGAUAGAAGAUUCCCAGCCCCACAUCCCACUCAUUGAUGACACAGACCUAGAAGAAGACCCUGCUCUCAAGAAAAACUCAAGUCCACCGUCUUCGCUGAACAAGAACAACAGUGCUAUCGACAGUGGAAUAAAUCUUACAACUGAUACAAGUAAAUCAGCUACCUCUUCUAGUCCAGGAAGCCCAAUACAUAGCCUGGAGACAUCACUUUAG